UACGACUGAGAAAAAAAGAUUCUACCCUCUAAACUUUACUGUCGUAAUUUCACAGUAUUCGUCGAGGCAGGCGCCUCAUCUGGAGUCGAGCAGUUCGCCGAGAUCCGCGUCUCUCACUCCGCUGAGGCCAUGAAGAGAAGGCUUCAGAAAAAAUACAUCAUCUUAAUUCUAGGAUACUCCGUGGCGCUGCUUUUAAUUCCAUACGUACUAGAUUACCGGAGCAAAUCGCCCCACAUUAAAGAUGGAUAUCAGCAACAAAAGUGUCCCGAUCUGGAGAGCACCAUCGCCCUGUGGAGUAGCACCAGGACGGGCAACUCAACGGAGGUGGAGGACUAUCGCAACAGGAGUCAGUCCAGAACGCACAUAUACCUCCACGCGACCUGGAGGACAGGCUCUUCUUUUUUAGGAGAAUUAUUUAAUCAGCAUCCCGAUGUGUUUUAUUUAUACGAGCCCAUGUGGAUUAUGUGGCAGGCGCUUUAUCCGGGAGAUGCGGGCAGUUUACAAGGAGCAGUGAGAGACAUGAUGAACUCUCUGUUUAGAUGCGAUUUCUCAGUGUUAAAACUCUACGCGGGCUCGUCCAACGUAAGCACCUCUUUUAUUUUCGGCUGGAAAACGAACAAGGUCAUUUGUUCCGAGCCUCUCUGCAAAGCGUAUAAAAAACACGAGAUUGGUUUAGUUCAAGGAGACGUGUGUGGCAAAUGCCAGCCCAGAGACCUCAAAGAGCUGGAGAAAGAGUGCAAAAAGUACCCGGUGAUGGUCAUCAAAGACGUGCGGGUUUUAGAUGUGGCGGUUCUGGUUCCCCUCAUGCGAGACCCCGCCAUCAACCUCCAGAUAGUCCAGUUGUUUCGCGACCCCCGGGCCGUGCAUAAUUCUCGGCUGAAGUCUAAGCUAGCGUUGGUGAAGGAGAGCAUACAGGUGCUGAGGAGCAAGAAGCAGAGCGAUAAAUACAAGCGCCUUCUGGUGCCUAGCAACAGGGUCCAUAGAGCCGAGAACUACGUCUCGAGCGCGAUGGAGUUAAUAUGCGAUAACUGGCUCAACGACAUGUUGCUCGUAAUGAACGCUCCUCCGUGGGUGAAGAGAAACUACAUGCGGCUGAAAUACGAAAACCUGGUCCUCAGACCCGUGGACGAGCUCCAGAGGCUCUACCGGUUCUCCAACCUCACCCUUUCUAAGGCCAUGGAGAAGUUUGUGGUGAACAUGACACACGGACAGGGCUAUUCCUCGGACAAACCUUUCCUCAUAUCAUCCAGAGAUGCCAAAGAGGCUAUUUACGCCUGGAGGGAAAGGCUGAAUGUGGAGCAGGUGAACCAGGUUGAAGCCUACUGCAGUGAGGUCAUGAGAGAGCUGGGCUAUCAGAAGAGGAACAUGGACAAUACCUAAAACCACCAAAACACGAGUUUAUGAAGCCUGAUGUGAUGGAGGAAAAGGAGGACAGAGGGGGAACAGCCGGAUAUGAAGCUACACCAGAAGGUACGACACACCAGUGGAGGAGCAACACCCAGAGUUCUCCCUCACAGUGGCAUCAUGGGGUGCAGAGCAGACGACAGAAGAGAGACACUUACAAACCCAUCGACCUCAAAUAAUACUGACAAGAAUCCUGUAAGAAAACGACUAACAAUAACAGAGAGGAAACACGUUCAGCAAGAGAGAAUGAAAUGGCUAACAAAGGCUCAGUCCUGACUGUGUCCUGACAGAUUUCAUCCUCAGUAAUCCCUGCCCAAUCCCCAGCAGCCCAUAAUCAGACACACAAGACCGAGUCUUUACGUGUACCCGUGCUGUUGCACAUGCACUAGGCCUGGAGACUGACAUCCUGUUGAGUGAUCGGUUCGUCGGGAGGAUUUCAUACCGAAAACAUUCCUGUAUUUAUAAACAAUGAAUGAAAAGAAGAUUAUGCAUCAAGGGCACUCCAGUUUCUGUGGUACCGCCCCCCCAAAAACUGAAUGCAGGACUUAUCUGUGAAGCACAAAAUGCAAUUCAGUGAACUGAAGAUCUAGUGGAUGGAGUUGGGAAAUUCAGACUUCUCUCCCCAACUCGCAACAUUCCUGCUGGUGUGAAAUUACCCAGUUGCCCCUGGACAUCACCUGCUUGUUCUGGACUGGGCUAUUAGACUGUGCAGAAUGUUGUGUUCAUUUGUGUAUGAAGAGGACAGGAUUGCAAUUUGAAUAGUUAAAUGGCCGGAAGGUCUCAUCUAAAACUAAAACACACAAUCAUUCUUUGAGGAUACAAGUCUUUUGUGCUCUAGGAGAAAUGCUAGAUGAUUAUCAUUUUGUUAAAGGGGACAUCAGACCCAUUUUCCAUAAGCUGGUAUGAUUCUUUAGGAUCUUCAUGCAACAUACUUUGUCAAAAACAGCUCUGUUCGCAGUGACCCUUUUUCGGUGUAUGUCUCUUUAAAUGCUAAUGAGCUCUGCUUCCUCCGCUUCUGUCUUCAGUGAAAAAGGAAAGGUGAUUCGCAAAUAAUCACAAAUAUAAAGUGUGUGACUUAGUUUUGCUUGAGGUGCUGCUGGAUUAUGAACAGUGAGUACUGGUCCAUCCUUGAGUUUGAACUUUUUAGCAAAACCUGCCUUGAACUGUCCCUCAUUCAGAAAGCAUUCUCGAGUAAAAUUAUUCGCACAGACAUAAACAAAUUUAGGUGUAUUUAUUGGCAUGUUACCAUCAAAAACAAAACUAAUGUCAGUGUCGGGAGGAAAUGUUCUCUUAUGUUCACUUUUACAUCCAACUACAAACACCUACAUUGCUUUCGAGUCUUUGUUUUCACUACAGCUGCUCAAGAGCGGAGAAAAGUGUGGACAAUUGGCUGAGGGCGGAGAAAUGCUAAUAAUACAGGACGAUCCGUCAGCGGUCAUAUGAUCUCAUAAUGCUCAGAAAAUCAAAAGGCUUGAUUAUCGAGAUUGUUUAGGUUUGGGGGCGAUUAAAAAAAGUAGUGAAUGGAUUUUUAUCAUUGUUGGGUGGCUGUGUCCACACACACUGCUAAGACAUGCAAACAUCAUGUCAAAGUGAAUUUUGCAUUAGAUGUCCCCUUUAACAUUGUUUUUUCAUUUUAAACAUUUACUCUAAAGUAAUGUGAACCAUCAGAAUUAAUAAAUGAACAAAUCUGUUAUUUAUAAAAACAACUUGUACAUACAUUUUUGUUGUAAACACUAGUUUUCUUGUUUUAUUAUUCUUAUUCUUAUUUAAUGACAUAUAAAAUAAAUCAAAUACCUUAUUUAGGUAUUGAUACUGUA